GUAGAAAAUAUUUAUCCUCAAACUGGAUGGGUUGAAAUUGAUCCUGAUGUUCUCUGGGCUCAGUUUGUUGCUGUGAUAAAAGAUGCUGUGAAAGCUGCAGGAAUCCCGCUGAGUCAGGUUCUUGGCCUUGGCAUCUCCACACAGAGAGCAACUUUCAUCACAUGGGACAGGAAAACAGGAAAACCUUUCCACAACUUCAUUAGUUGGCAAGACCUAAGAGCGAUUGAACUUGUAAACUCCUACAAUAAUUCGCUUGUGAUGAAGCUAUUUCACAGUUACUGCCGAGUGGUUCACUUUUUCACUAGAAGAAAGCGAUUUUUAACGGGGAGCCAGUUUAAUUUCACUACCCAGCAAUCUGCCUUGCGGUUGGCCUGGAUUUUACAGAACAUGCCUGAGGUACAACAGGCAGUGGAAGAAGAAAAUUGUUGCUUUGGGACUAUUGAUACCUGGUUAUUACAUAAGCUCACAAAAGGUUCUGCAUAUGCUACGGAUUUUUCAAAUGCCAGUACAACUGGAUUUUUCGAUACUUAUAAGAUGUGCUGGAGCGGAAUGCUCACCUUCCUGGCUUCCAUACCACUCUCCGUGCUGCCUCCGAUAAAGGACACAAGCCACAAUUUUGGAUCAGUGGAUGAGGAGAUAUUCGGUGUGCCUAUACCAGUAGUUGCCUUGGUCGGCGACCAGCAGUCGGCCAUGUUUGGAGAAUGCUGCUUCCAGACGGGGGACGUGAAGUUAACCAUGGGAACGGGGACUUUUCUGGAUAUAAAUACUGGCAAGGACCCUCCGUACAGUGCCUCAGGCUUUUAUCCGUUAAUUGGGUGGAAGAUUGGGCAAGAAGUCGUGUACUUAGCUGAAGUCAACGCGGGAGACACUGGGACCGCCAUACAGUGGGCUCAGCAAUUAGAUCUUUUCACCGAUGCUGCCGAGACUGAAAAAAUGGCCGCAAGUCUGGAAGAUUCUGAAGGGGUUUAUUUUGUUCCGUCGUUUAGCGGAUUGCAGGCACCAUUAAAUGACCCCUGUGCGUGUGCCUCUUUCAUGGGUUUGAAGCCGUCCACCAGUAAAUACCACCUCGUCCGAGCGAUACUGGAGUCGAUCGCUUUCAGAAACAAACAAUUGUAUGAGAUCAUGCAGAAAGAGAUCCAUAUCCCUGUCACAAAAAUCCGGGCAGAUGGAGGCGUGUGUAGAAACGGUUUUGUCAUGCAGAUGACUUCCGAUUUGAUCAAUAAGAAUAUAGACAGACCUGCCCACUUCGACAUGUCCUGCCUGGGUGCGGCUUCUCUGGCUGGCCUUGCUAUUGGGUUUUGGAAGGACAAGGAGGAGCUGAAGCAACUGAGACGAAGUGAAAUGGUUUUCAAGCCCCAGAAGAAGUGGGAAGACUACGAGAUGAGCAUGGAGAACUGGGUGAAGGCCGUGAAGCGCUCCAUGAACUGGUACAGCAAGGCGUGAGGUCAGGGGCCGGUGCGGCCACGCACAGCAGGGCGGCGCGCUCAGGGACCCCAGCACCGAAGACUCAGUGAGAGACGGCGCUGCUCUUUCAAAAACAAAUGAACACCUCUCACUUUAAAAAAUCCAAAUCUCGGUAAAAUGAUAAGGCAGCAAUACCUCAAAACUCGCCAUCUUGUUUUCUAGCAGAGUCCAAAGGACACUCGCCACUUGCGGCUGCGUCCUGCCGUCCUGGGUCCUCCUUUCCGACACAGGGCUCACUGGCGCGGAGAACCCGUUCACCACCCGGGUGCUGUCCGCAAGCACUGCUCACCUUUUGUUCCAAAAUGAUGUGAGAAGAAUUCUUUCAUUCAGUGACCUGGGCUGUUUGACACCCAGAGAGCUGAAAGGAAAGAAUAACUGAGAGAAUGUGGAAUUUGGAGACUUUAAUGUUUCAUGUGUAAAGCCAGAAGUUCUCAAUGUGACAUCCAAAUACGAGUUCAGCGUGUCCCUCUCAGAUAAGCAUGUUGCUCAGUGCUUUCCUUUAUUGGGCAGAAAGGCAUUGCCUUAAUUUUACCUUGUUCAACCAAAUCUGAACUUUUUUUAAUGCUGAAAAGUUGAUUUUAAUGAAUGGACUAUAAAGGGUGUUGGUUUUUAAGAAA